CAUCGUCGCUGGCCGGCGGAUAAUGUCCCGGAGCAUCGCCCGCGCACGACUCGACGCGCGGCGCGACCAGCUCCGUGCCCAUUGUUUGUUCCCACUGCGCAACCACCACCCCACCACACCACCACGCACCAGGGCGCACUUAUGACCCAGAUACUAACGAAUGAGAUGACGUAACGUGACCCCGCCCCCUGACGCGCCGCUCCGCCCGCGCCCCGCCGCCCCUCGCUUGUUUUGUUAUCACAUUUAUUAAUGAGUGGUUCCAUAGCUGAUUCUGUCCACAGACGCUCGGUCGGAGGCGUACAUUACUUGAUGAGUACUUCCAAAGUUUAUUCCCUCCCGCCGCUGCCGUACCGCGCCGCACGUCGACUGCGCAAGCGACCUUGUUUGUUGUUUGUAGUGUCGUUACAAAGCAGUGUGGUUUCCCAGCUGACCGCGUCACCGCGGCACCGGCCCGCUUUCCCGACGGAGGGAAAGCGGGCUAGUGACGAGCGGUGAGCUGUGAGUGACGGUGUACAUUGUAGAAACCGUGUAUUUAGGGGUCCGUGACCGCAUGCGACAAAGAUACAAGUUCAAACAUUACUUUAAAAAUUACAUUGAGUUAGAGAUAGUCGUGACCACGGCAGGCGACGGCUGAUUGUACACAGUAUGUGUAUUAUCUAUGCUGCCAGCGCUCAGCAGCGUGUUGAAGUAACGGUCGUGGCGAGGAGGACGGGGGGGAGGGGGCUCGAGGAGGGCGGAGGAGCCAGUGAACGUCCGUGACUCAGCGCGGAGACUUGUGCCGCCACGCGAAUCGUUUUCCUUAUAAUAUUCUUAGAACUUGUUUUUGCUUAAAAAUAAUGCAAAAAUCGCGACAAUAGUGAUAACGUCAUCGAUAGUAGUGUCGAGUUCCUGUGCCUGCUGUGAGUGCUGUGGGUGCUGUGGGUGGUGUAGGUGCUGAGUGCGAGGAUGCGCCUGCUGCUGAUGGCGCUGUGUGCGUGGUGGCUGCGUCCCGGUGUGCAGGCAGCGCGGCCCGCGUGCGGCCGGGCCCGGGACUGCGUCGCGGGACACCAUCUCAACGAUGAGUUCUUCUUCACUGUGCACGGUCAGAACCUAGUGAUAAACUUCUCGGAGGCUCAGUAUGUGGAGCUGGAGUGUCCCGAGGGCGUGGCGCUGGGCGGUGCGGGGAUGCCGUCGUUCGACGGCGGCGCGCGCGUCCUCAACGUGACGCUUCGAAGGUGCAGCAUCGGAGCCGACUCGCUGGCGGACGCUCUCGGAGCCCUCAACAUCUCCGUCCUCGAGCGCCUGUCCCUCAAGGACACGCCGCCCGGCUCGCUCUCCGCGCUGCACCUGCGGGGCCUCGAGCACCUCUUGCGACUUGACCUCGAAGGGACCAGAGGCAUGCCUCUCAGGGUCGAGGCUGGUGCUUUGCUGCCUCUCGUCAACUUGCGUAUGCUGCAGCUCAACCGCGUGCAGAUGGCGUCCCUACAAUUUCCGCCAACGUUGCAUUCGCUCCAGCUUUGGUUUGUCGGUGAGACGCGAUUAGAUCUAAGCGGUCUCGAUCAGCUGCGAGCCCUCGUGGUGCACGAAAAGGAAUCAGUGACGGUGAGCGCGUUGACGGCUGGCUCGUUGGAGAGCGUGGUGCUAGACGCGAGGAGGGUGUCGUUUCCGGCGGCGUCCAGGCCGCGCUCGAUUCGACGUCUCGUGCUCGUGAACUGGAACGAGACGGACCUCUCCGCGCGGUGUGACGACGUGGAGCUGCUGCAGCUGCGAGGCUGGGUCGGCGAGGAGCCGGCUCCCCCCCGUAGAUGGUUAUCGCACUGUAAAAAGUUGCGCGAGUUUCGAAUGAGCUUCGCUCGUCAGAAGUCUGUGACUCCCGGUCUGCUGGACGGCGCAGAAAAUCUCGAAGAUCUAGGUCUCACUUCCUGCCAGAUUGACACAUUACCUGUUGAUCUCUUUAAGGAGAAUAGAAAUCUGCGGAUCAUUGAUUUAUCCCACAACAAACUACAAACAUUACCAAGUGGCUUAUUUUCGAACUUACGGAACCUGAAAGAACUCAAUCUAUCCAACAACAAGCUGCAGGCGGCGGCUGUGGGGACUCUGGGCUCGCUAGUCUCCCUACAGGAUCUCAAUCUUUCCCACAACCCGCCUCUACUUGAUCUCUGCUCCGGUGGUUCUGAUGCGUUCAUCGUCUCUGUCUCCUCCCUCGCAGGCACUUCCCCGCUAAAAGCGCUGACGGAGUUGGAAGAGCUCAGACUGGGUCACACGGGUGUGUCUCACGUGUGCAGCGACUGGCGAACCUCCAUGAAGCAACUCCGUCUUCUCGAUCUCUCCUACACAAACAUCACCUCCCUGUCGUACCUGGAUUUCCACUACGAGCACUCUGGAUCCAAAGAGCUGACCGUGAACUUCAACGGCACGCCCGUCAGCGAGCUCACCGUCGACGCGGGGAACUACAAGUCUGUGAUCGCCGACCUGGCAUCUGCAUCGGUCAAGAUAAUAUUGAGAGCAACUUUACCGUGCGACUGCUCGGACUACUGGACGGCACUGGCGUUCGGGGACCUCAGCACUCAAGCACAAGAUUCCGUAGAGCUCCUGUGUAGGGAGGAGGAGCGUGGUUCACUAGCGGAUGCGUUGGAACGGGAAUCUCUGGAGUGUGCGGAAUCGAGCCUGUGUGAGGACCAGGAGGGCUGCACUUGCUCCGUACGCCUUGACCUCUCGCUUGGUGUGGUGGCGACCGCGUCAUGUGAGGGCGCGGGUCUGGACGAAAUGCCAUCGCGUCUGAAGUUCAAAGAGGCUCCCGUGUGGCGCUUAAUGCUCGCCCACAACCACAUCCAGACCGUUCGGCUUCAGGAUCUGCCCGACACGAUAUUGGAGUUGGACCUGAGAAACAACUCUCUGCAUAGAUUGGACGGCCCGACUGCUUCGAAGUUAUCAACUGUCCCUCUGUGGAUCGCCAACAAUUCGCUGGACUGCACAUGUUACGGGUACGACUUGGUGACGAAGCUAGGACCUCAUGUGCGCGACAUGGAGCAAGCAACGUGCGACGACGGGACUUCUCUUAAAGAAGCACAGAAUGGGGAUCCCAGCGAAUGUAGUUCAGCAUUGGUCGUCGCCACGUCAUUGAUCAGCGCGCUGGCUUUGUUGGCAGUGAUGGUCGCAGUUACAGCCGGCUGCGUGAUGCGACCCGAGAUGCGGCUUAGAAUCAAGGUGCUGCUGCUGCGACUGGGCUGGUUGCCACGGCGGCCGGAGCCGGACGACGGGCGUCGGUUCGAUGCAUUCGUGUCGUACGCGCACGAGGACGAGGUGGUGGUGGAAGAGCUCGUGAAGCGGCUCGAAGUGGGGCACGGGUACCGGCUGUGCCUGCACUACCGCGACUGGCCGCCGGGCGAGUGGAUCCACGUGCAGAUCGCGGCCUCGGUGCAAGCGUCGCGCCGCACCCUCAUCGUAGUCUCCCGGCACUUUCUGCGCUCCAAGUGGGCGCGCCAAGAGUUCCGUCAGGCACACGCGGCCGCGCUGCGUGACAUCAUACCGCGCCUCGUGCUGCUGUUCCUCGAGCCGCCGCACCGCUUGCCUCUCGACGCCGAGCUGCGCUCCUACAUUAGGAUCAACACCUACCUGCUCUGGACCGACCCCUGGUUCUGGCACAAACUAAAGCUAGCCCUGCCGCCCCCGCGCCUCCUCCCCACCCCGCUCGAGGAUGUCUCCGUUAAUAAGGCGGAGAGCUCCCCUCUCCACGGGGGGCAGGACACCAAGCCGUGCUCGCCCGAAGCCGAGACGGACACGUAGCGGCACGCCCGCAGAGUUCGUGACGGGG